AUGGAGAGUUCAGAAGAUGAUCCGGGCACCGCGACGAGCGCUUCCCGCCGUGCAUCGGCGCGGGAAAAGGACAUCGGCCAGGCCGAAGACGACAACGCAACUGGUAGUACGCUGCAAGAACCAACUGAUGCUCGGUCGUCUUGCCGAACGCCCGCUAUGUCGGAAGACAAUUUCGACGGCGACAGCGUACCGUCGCCGUCGACACAGGACGUCAACACCAGCACUGAAGCGAUCCUGGACAUGAUUGAUGAGUUUGUUGAUGGACCCGGAGCGCCUAAACGAGUAUCACUUGCUACGAGAGUUGAUCAUUUUGAGAGCCAGGCUGGAAAAAUCGAUGAACAUAUAGUUGCUCAUGAGUCUUCUAUACCUGUUCCCAAAGCGGACUCUCCGUCGCCUUCGAUUGCGUCCCAUGCCACAAGUGCCAAAAGUGAAACAAAUCCCCAUGAGAGAGAAAUUGCUGUAUCUCCUGAGGAUUCUUCACAAAGUAAUGUUUUGGCAGUUGUAAAUACAGCUAAUGUGGAACAAUCUCAAGAAUGUUUAUCUCAGUCCCAGAAUGAGCCAAAUGCUCAACUAAUGGUGUCGGAUAAUAAAGGAUUGUCUCCUGUAGAACCUCAACCAGUUAGUGAAUGCCCGCCCCCCUGUAGUAUUCCUUCAAGCAGUGUAAUAGGAACUGUACAAAAUACAUCUGAAAUCGGUGAUUGUGAGAGACUAGAGCGAACUGUGAAAUGUGUGACAUCUAGUGAUAAUCGUAAUGAUGUUACUAUAGAAAGUGCAGAAUCUACGUCAAGUGACAUUAGUUUAAGUGAAGAAAAAGUGGUAGCAGAGCAGUCUACACAUUCACCUCUGAAGAGGCGGCUUGUACGCCCAGGACCAAGUGACCGUCGGCCAGACUCUACAGUGUCAUCGACUGUUGAUAUACAUACAGAACAGACAAGCAGUGAUAGCCUUGCUAAAGAUGUUUCGAGCUCGUCUGAUGCUGUGCCCUCUGUACAUGGUAAUGUAAAGCCUGAAGAGAUUAGAAACAUAAGUGAAAUUAGUAUCUGCAAAGCAGAAACAUCUACGAGUCCCCCCAAAAAAAUUAAGCUAAUUAGACAAAAACUUCCUAACCCUAUUAGUAGUAGAGACAAUUUGCAAGAUAAAUCGGAUCUUUCAGUAGAACAAGAUCAGUGCCAGUCAACAUCAACAGAUAGCUCCAGUCAAAAUAUAAAUGAAUUGACUGCUAAUUUGAGCUCAAUUAGUUCAAGUAAGCCCACCAUAGAAGACCAGCUUGUUUCCCAUGAUUCUGAUGUUAAAGAAACUCUCGGUAGUUCAAUUACAUGUAAUGUGGGAACAAUUCCUUCUGGGUCUAAUGUAAGUACUGUAGAAAAAAAUCCUGAGGGUAUUGUGGAAGUAAUAUCUCAAAAAGAAAGUGGAACUAAAAACAUUGAGGAAGUUUUGCCACAUAAUUUAGAUGUUAUUGUUUCAAAACCAUCUGAAGUUACGAUAGAUGUCAGUGAGAAGCAGUCCUCUAGUGGUACUGAAAAUGACACUGAUGAUAAUGUCUCCGAAUCUCCAAAAUCAGUACCAAAACUUACUAUUAAAAUUGGUAAUAUUAAACCAAGUGAAGAAUCAAAAUCCCCUGUACCUAAAGUAACCAUUAAACCCAUAAAACCACCCCCAGAAGAGGAUAAAACAGACCUUGAACAGAUCCCUAAUGUAACAAAAUUAAACAUAAAACCUGUUUUAAAACCUGAAAAAAUCAGUGAACAUUCAAGUGCAAAUAAACCUGUUAGUAGUAGUGAUCAAAUACCAUGUGUCACUAAAAUAAAUAUAAAACCUGUUCUUAAACCACCCGAAAAGAUAAAUGAUAUCCACCGCAAAUCUAGCAGCAGCGAAAUUUCAGAAUCAGAAUAUUCUGAAAAUGAUGAAAGUACUAGUACCUCUGAUCAAGGCUCAUCUGAUGUUGUGCCAAAAGUUACCAUCAAACUGGGAAAACCAGGCACACAAUCUGAAGGACAGUUUUAUACAGAACAACCAAAUAUACCUAAACUGACUAUCAAAGGCUUACAAAAUACAGAAAAAGAGGAGUCGGAAUCUAAUUUAAAAUUGGUUAUAAGUCAACCAGAAGAAAAACAUUCUGAUAAGAUACCAAAGUUGACUAUAAAAACUGUAACCAAAUGUGAGAAUCAGCCUUCAAGUCCAAAACUUACAAUAAAGCUUAAACCAUCUGAAAAUUCUAAUGAGGAAAUUAGUACUGAAAAUAUUGAAACACCACAAAUACCUAAAUUAAAAAUUACUACUGAGUGUUUUACAACUAGUGCAGAGUUCAAAGACACUCAUGUGCCCAAAAUUACAAUUAAACCUGUAACUAAAACUGAUACUGAUUCAAAGACCAAUAAGAAAUCUGGUAUUGUAUGUGAUAGCCCAGAACAUAUUCCAUCAAUAACAAAACUGAAUAUUAAACCCAUUGUGAAACCUAUGGAAAGUGGGGAAACAGCUAGAGAUUUGGAAGAAAAAGUUCCUGUAGUUUCAAAAUUAAAUAUAAAACCUAUUGUAAAGCCUAAAGAUAAAGAAUUAGAUAGCAUAGAAGAUGUACCUAAAAUUACAAAAUUGAAUAUUAAACCCAUAAGAAAUCCUGAAGAAGACUCUUCAAAAGAAAAAGACUGUGAUGAAAUGAAUGCUGACAUUGAGAAAAAUAGUAUACCUGUUGUUUCUAAACUUAAUAUUAAGCCUAUAAUUAAGCCACCUGAAGAAGAUAUGCAAAAAGAUUCUGAAAACCAAUCAUCAGAAACAGGUAAUUCUAGUGAUGAUAAUGGUGAUCACAUACCAGUAGUAACAAAGCUAAAUAUUAAACCAAUUGUAAAACCCAAUGAAUUUUCAGAUAGUCCUAAGCACAAAAAUAUCAAUGAAGAGAGUACUCCAACUGUGACAAAAAUAAAUAUAAAACCUAUAAUUAAACCAGAAGAAAGCAAAUCACCAGCGUCACCUAAAAAAGAAUCAAAAAGUAUUGACAUGAGAAAUGCAACAAUACCUGUUGUGACAAAGUUAAAUAUUAAACCUGUUGUAAAUCCCAAUGAAACAGAACCCAAUAAAAGUAAUGAUUGCGAAGACAGAUCCGUAAAAUAUCCACCCUUAGUUAUGAAAAUUAAUAUGAAAGCUGUUGCUGAAACUUUUCAGGAUAAUAUUAAUGCAGAUAAGUUAAAUCAUGUUGAUCACCAUGAACAUCUUCACAAUAAUAUUGGUGAUGAUGCACUCAAAAUAAAAGUGAAUGUGAAACCCACAACUACACCAUCAAAUACAACAACAGAAUCUGAAAAGUUUAAUGUCAGUAAGGUGGAAAAUACAGGAACUAUUUCAUCUACUGCAGAUAAAAAUGAUCAAAGCAAUUUACUGUCAAGUGAAAUCAAUAAACAUAAUUGUGUGUCUGAGGAUUCCAAUGAAUAUAAUACUGAAAAUUUACCUUCUUCAUCUAAAGAAUCUACAGUAAAUGAUCAUAUUAACGAAACCUCUGCUUCUAAAAGCAAUUCACCUUUAAAACCUAAUAUAACAAAUAGUGAGGCUGUUCAUGAUAUUCAGAAAACUAAACUUUCUAAAGAAAAUAUGGUAAGCCCCAUUUUAUCGAAAACUAUUACUAAUGAAGUAAGUUGUGCAACAUCACUAGAAGUCGAUAAACUUAGUAAGCAAGUUACUUCAGUCAAAAACUGCACACUAUUGAAAAAGUUAUUGGAAAGUUCUGAGACAUUAAGCAAUAAAUCUGAGUCACAAAAGGUGGCAAGUGCUUGCAUACCAAUUUCAACAAUCUGCAAAGAAUCUGUGGAAAGUGAACAAUUUGAUUCUGGACAUAGUAGCAUGGAGAAAAUGAAUGAUAUUGGAUACAGAGAAAAGAUCAGAAGUAGAAGUCCAAGCCUGGAGAAAGUUAAAGAAGAGCAAUUAGUUAAAAUGAAAGUUCGUCCAAUCCAAGAACUCUGUAAGGAAGCACACGAAAGUGUGACACAACCACUAGAAAUCAAUGUAUCUGAAAAGUUGACAAAUCAAAGCUCAGGUCAAGAUUCUCCCAGGAUAAUAUUAAAAAUAAAUAAGACUGAUCAUGGCCCAUCCGCUAAAAUAAUAACGGAAGAUUCCAUAAAGAAUGAUAGCUCUCAACAAAGUCCUGUAUCAGAACUAGUUGAACAAAACAUUAAUGACAAACCUAGCCCCAACAAAAAGACUCUAGUAAAUAGUAGAAGAAAAACAGAUGCCGAUUCACGCCCUAUUGUGAAUAUGGGUAAAAGGCUGCGUAGUUCCAGGAUUGUUGAUAGUGCAGAAAAGGCCCCUGUUGUAAAACGAAUGGUUGGAAAAAGACCGCCAACCACUGACUUAACUCCAGUUCAGAAUAAGGAGGCUGAACUAUCAGUUUUAGAAACCAAGAGACUGAAAUUGGGUCAGCUUUUAUCCAAUAAGUCUCUUACCAUAACACCAGUCAUAACAAAAACAUCACCUGAUAACAAAGCACUAGAUAAUAAACAAGGAGCUAAGAUCCUGAACCAUACACUUGUAAAUAAUGAAAACUGUUCUAAAAAUGGGAAUUCUAAACUACAUAGUAUUCUAACAAACUUGCAAAGCAAACAAAUACAAGUUUUACCUUUGAAUGACGUCAAUUGUUCUGAUAAGAGUAAGACUAUUCCUUCUGAAAUAGAGUCUAAUGCGUCUACGGGUAGUUCAGACGUGAUAGAGAAUUGUCAUAUUGCUGUACAAGAAAUGAUUAUAAACGAGAACUCGGACUUUCGUGACUUCAAUAUUGUUCCUGAUGAGAUGUCUCAGGACCCCUUGGAGGUGGAGCCUCCUAAGACGGUCAUCGACAGCGUGAAGGAAAGUCCAAACAUUCCCAAGUUAAUCGAGUCUACGCCGCAGCCUAAGAAGCGCGGGCGGCCACGGAAGCUGCCCGUUUCGGAGGGAGCGAAACCGAACCCUCUCGAACUGCCCACUCCCGCGCUCGAGGAGCGUCCACAACGGUCUCUUCGGCUGUCGAGAGAGCGGCCAGCUAUCCUGGCAAAGCCCCGGGGUCGAGGUCGCGGCAGAGGCAGGGGUCGCGGCGGCGCGAUCGCCAGUGCUGCCAGAGAAUUGUCCACACCAGUGCAAAGUCGCGACGAUGAAACGGCUACCCGCGAGGAAGAACUGCCGUUGCGAACGCCUGAUCCUCUGGACACGACUAAAGAAGAGCCCCUUGACCCGACCAGUUCGCGUGUUAAACUGCCGCGCAUGACGGAAGCACUCGACAGACUACCUGGGGGUUCCACGCCCCUGUCCAGUCGAAGCGACAACGAUUUUAAGGUUCUGGAAGGUUCCCCGGGCGAAGAAACGGAAACACGGGCCCGAGGGAGGGGCUUACGGGGUAGGGGGCGGGGCCGCACGCCGGGCCGCUCGCCCCGCGGCCGGGGGCGCGGCCGGGGCGGAGGUCGCGGUGCCAUGUAUAUGAAGGAAACCCUCGGAAUAUACGGUCGCGUCUGCGGUCCCGCUACCACGACAGUACAGUUGUUCGAAGAGGAGACUUGCAUGAUGGAUGACAACGCGACGCCCGCUAAACCAACUCAUUUACUCGACGAGGACUCACAGAGCUCGGUGAAAAGUUCGACAAAUGAAAGUAGCAAGAUGAAGAAAUCGAAAUUCGCCGAUUUAUUUGACAGUAAUAAGGAAUGGACUGCCGCCGACGUGAAGGAGUAUAUCUGGCCUCCUGCCGAGAAGCCAAAUGAAGAAUCACAAGUAAUGAUGAUCCAGGAGCAAGUGGCAAUGUUCUUAAGCGUGAAAAGCUUCAAGCGCCGCUACCCAGAACUGAAGCGGCGCAGCAUCGCCGGCGAUGAGCGAGACUACGUACUGAGCAAGGGCAUCGUCACCGAAGCCCUAUGUGACCUCGGCGUAACAGCUGUAGACGCGAGCGAAGUGCUGGACAUCAUGCUAUCGGACUACCCUCACAAGUACGAGGAGUACCGCGCCCACCAGCGGGCCCGCCAGCUGACGGAGCCCCCGCCCCCUCCCGCGCCGCCCGCCCCGGCGCCGCCCAACCGCGCCGACGUCAAGGCGGAGCCCAAGACUGAACAGAAGCAUGACGCCCCUAAAGUCGACCCGGAGAAGACUAGACAGGACUUGGCAGCCGCAGCGAUAGCGUCUGCCAUGGAAUGGAACGCGCGCCUGAACGCGUUGCGACGGCCCGCGUGCGCCGACCUGCAGACGAUGGCGCUGCACACUAGGCGCGCGCCCCGGCCCGGCCCGCCCGCCACGCACCUGCGGCCGCCCGCCGGCUUCUACCCGCACGCGCUGCUGCCCGGCCAGUACCAGCACUCGUACCGCCGCUACACUGCCGACCAUCUGAGGUACUUCCCCCUGAACACGGUGACAGCAGUACCACCGACGCCUCCGCAGCCCGAGUCCAGUUCGGACUCGGACGCGGACUCGGACCACUCGCAAUCCUCCGACGACUCGGACCGAUUGCCCGCCAAGCGAAAAAGACUGUCGAAAGUGAAACGCAACAGUCAAACGGACGGAGCGAAAGAGAAGGACAGAGGAGAGAGAGAGAAGGAGGAGAGGGGAGAGCCCGAGGAGACCUGCCGCGUGUGCAAGCUGAGACUCGAGGCCAACAGGAAGUAUACGCACGAGCGAUUCCUGGCCUGCGCCGCCUGUAAUGCUAAACUGCACCCCGGAUGCACGGAUCUGGGCGCGGACACAAUCCGCAAAUGCCGCGAGUACGCGUGGCAAUGCGGCGAAUGCAAAACGUGCGCAGUCUGCGGACAACGAGACCCGGCGCUGAUGAUGUGCGGCCUAUGCGACAAGGGCUUCCACGCGCAAUGUGCCGGCCUGCAUACCCAGCCCGCCGGACGAUGGCACUGCGUAGAAUGCGCUGUUUGUAAAUCGUGCGGCGCCCGCGACCCCAGUGGCCCCAGAGACCCCGGCACGGGGGCCAGUGUCCCCACGCCCGGGGCAAGCGUCCACACGCCAGGGGCAAGCGUCCCCAUGCCCGGAUCAAGCGUCUCCACGCCCGGGGCGAAUGUCUCCACACCCGGGGCCAGCGGUCAGGCCGAUUGGCACCAUCAGACGAAACGUGGCCCCGGUGGUCACAAAGUCUACUCACACUCUCUAUGCACGCCUUGCGCCAGGGCGUAUCGCAUCGGUCGCUACUGCCCCCUCUGCGAGCGGUCCUUCAUCGGCCCGAAGGGCACCAUGCAGCUCGUCAUAUGUAAGCUCUGCGAUAGGCAGCUCCAUCAAGAAUGCGUUAGGCAGACGGUGUCGUCGCUCAACGUGCUGGACUACACGUGCGGCGAGUGCCGUCGCGGCGGGAUCACUUCCCGCGCGGCUGCCGUCCGGCUCGCGCCUCGCACCAUAGCCACGCUCUUCAUGGCCAAGCGUCGGUUCAACAAAUACGCGCAUCGACAGUAUCUGCAGAGUCGGAUUCAAGCGCGCCAGUCGGACGCGUCCGAGGAUGUCCCAACCGUAUCCGAGGAUAUCCCCGACAUGUCCGAGGAUGUCCCGGAAGUGUCUGAAGAUGUCCCGGAAGUGUCUGAAGAUGUCCCGGAAGUGUCCGAAGAUGUCCCGGACGCGCCCGACGAGGGCUCCGACGCAGACUGA